AUGACCUCAGCUUGCCCUCUAGCACGAAAUGUGACCCUGCAGCACGGAACCCUGCCAUACAACUCGGAACACCAUGCUCUGCUGACCUGCUGUCUGCUGGUCUAUUCAGGGUCCACUAUCUUUUCAGCCUCUGAUUCAGAUCCGUGGAUCUCAGCCUCAGGCCCAGCUCUGGCUCCAGCUUUGCCCCCUGUUCCUGCUUCUUUCCUUGUCAGCCCUGGCAUCCUGUCCGCUGAGCCAGCAUAUUGUCCUUGGCGGUCUCCAAAGAAGGAAUCUUCCAAGAAUUCCCAGCACUGGAAGGAGCCUAAGGUCAGGGGGAACUUGACAUAUCACCUGUACAUGCCUCCAGAAGGGAGACAAGGGCCUAGGGCAGAUCUCCAAGCAGAAGGAUCAACCUUGGGUCCCCCGGGGCCACCUCUGUGGGAAGAGAAAAAUUCACAGAGUCCACACCCUCGGAUGAAGCCCUCCUCACCAGGAGACUCCAGUCCCUCACCCCCUUCACACAAGCUGGAACUUCAGACCCUUAAAUUGGAAGAGCUGACGGUAAAGGCAAGAACGACGACUCGUAGGCUGAGGUUUUCUGGAACUACGGAUCCCCUGCGGGCUCCAGCUCAGGCUUCCGCUCCAGCUCCGGCUCCCGCUCCAGUUCCAGCUCCAACCCCCUUCCCAGCAUCUUCUCCAGCCACCCUGACUCUGGAAGAGGAGCUGCAGGAAGCGAUCCACAGGGCUCAGCUGCUUCCGAACCGGAACAUCGAUGACAUCCUGGAAGACCAUGUGGAGCCAGAUGACCUGCUGCCGCCCAUCUCCUUGGACUUCCCUGGCUCAUUUGAUGUGCUGUCUCCCUCCCCGGACUCGGAAGGCUUCUCUUCCGUCUUCUCUUCUUCACUCCCAUCCCCCACAAGCUCCCUGUCCCCUUCUCCAAGGGCCCUCACGGAUUCCUUGGACUGGCUGGAGACCUUGAGUGGGGGCCCGCCGCUGGGCUCUGGACCUCCAGGCCCCAGCAUCUUCUCUGCAGACGUAUCUGACUCCACUAGCACUGGGCUUUGGGAACUGCUGCCAGAUGCCUGGUGAUGGACCCUGGGGUUUCCAAGUAGACCCUCCAACUACGGAGGACUCAAAAUGCCCUCAUCCCCUUCUGGCCCACUGCUGCUGACAUGUCAUGUCCCGGCUUCUGUGUGACUCCUCCCAGUCAGUGUAGUUGCCGGUGGGAGUUCAUUUGCUACUGACCAGUGCAAACAAGAUUACUGCCUCCUUCAGAGACCUGCAGGGCGUGGGCAACACUUCCUCCAGACUCUGGCUGUCUGCUUCUCAUCUGGGGAUCUGGGAGUUUGUGCUGUUUGGGUUCAGGAAAGGACUAGGGGAGAUUAAGUAGAAGGAAGGCAGAUCCCUGGGUUCUAGUGGGAGGUGACUGUGAACUCCCUAUGACCUUGCACCUAUGAAUGUUGUGGUUAUACCUAGCUUUCUUGUUUGGUUGAGAGCAAGUCUUGCUAUGUAGCCCAGGCUGGCCUCUAACUUGUGACAACCCUGCCUCAACCUUCUGAGUGCUGAGAUGUGUGCUGCCAUACCCAGCUUAGGUUCCAGGAGCCAGGUGGGGGAUGGAUGGCAAAAGGGAAGCUAGCAUGUGACCUCACAUCUCAGGCUGUGAGGGUGUUUGCCUGCUAAAUUAAGCUGUGGGUCUCCUGUAGCUCAAGGCUCAUGAGACUGGGCCUUUGUACCUGUGUAUGGACUUAUUAACAAACCCGAAAAACAGAAUUGCAUUAGAUGCUUUUAUAUAGCUGUGACCAACAUACCCAAGGGAAUAAGCUAAGGGAGGAGGAGCUUAGUUUGCCCAGGCUUUCAGAAGGUUCAGUUGUGGUUGCUCAACCCCACUUGUUUGGGUGGAACACCAUGGUGGCCAAAUGUAUGAAGGAGAUUCUUCACCUCAUGGUGGACAGGCAGCAGGGAGAGAGACAGAAAGGAGCAAAUAUGAGAUACCCCCCAAGACCUACCCACCAGUUUCCAGACCUCUCUAAGUAGCAUCAACAGCUACACUUGAGCCAGUGUUGGACAAUGCAUAUUCAAAGCAUAACAAUAAUUGGCUAUGGUUUACUGGGUUCUGCAGGGCAGUUAUUCAGCUCCACAAGGCGUUGGAGAGGGAUGUGAGUCAUCCCUAAGUCCACAUGGGUGAGGACAUCCAAUAUGGCUCACUCACGUAUGUCGGUACAAAGGCAGAGAUGGGAGAGGGAUGAGCCCGACUGGGUCACUGGAUGUCUGGACCAACCCUUCUUGUUCUCCUCAAAGCCUCAGCUCUCUUCUCCUCCACAUGUUCUUACUCGGUAGCCCAGGACUUCCAAGCAUAAAUGUUCAGUUUGGAGUGGGAGCUCACACCUGUAAUCCUAGCCCUCAGGGCAAUAGACACAGAGUUGAGGAGGAGGGUCAGAAGUCCAAGAUCAACUUCAACUAAAUAGAGUUCAAGACCUCCUCAAGACCAGCCUGGGCUACAUGAGGCCCUAUGUCAGAGAGAGAGAGAGAGAGAGAGAGAGAGAGAGAGA